AUCCCCAUACCAAUUACCGUUAAAAGGUAUUUCUUCUUAUUCGCUUUGCUUUGCUUUGCUUUGCUUUAGGCUUUCCUCAGAUUCGUUCCAAUGGCGGCCGUAACCCGCCUCGUGAAGCGCGCCUCCCCUUCCCUCUCCGUCUCUUCCACCGCGGCAAGAAGGCUCUUCUGUUCCGAAUCCAGCUCCCCCGCGCCGCCGCAGGAUCACUUCCACGCCCCGCAGCGCAAGGAUCCGAAGGACAGGAAUGUGCAGUGGGUGUUCCUUGGGUGCCCCGGCGUCGGAAAGGGCACCUACGCCAGCCGCCUCUGCAACCUCAUCGGCGUCCCUCACAUCGCCACCGGCGAUCUCGUCCGCCACGAGCUCGCCUCCAAAGGCCCCCUUUCCUCUCAGCUAUCAGAAAUUGUAAAUCAAGGUAAAUUGGUAUCAGAUGAAAUUAUUAUAAGUUUAUUAUCAAAGAGGUUGGCUGAUGGGGAAGCUAAAGACGAGACCGGAUUCAUUCUUGAUGGUUUUCCUCGAACAAUAAGCCAAGCAGAAAUAUUGGAAAGAGUAAUUGACAUUGACUUGGUAGUCAAUCUGAAGCUCCAAGAAGAAGCAUUGCUUGCAAAAUGCCUGGGUAGGAGAAUUUGCAAUCAGUGUGGUGGAAAUUUUAAUGUUGCUUCCAUUGACGUCAAGGGUGAGAAUGGGAGCCCUGGAAUGUCUAUGGCUCCGCUUCUUCCUCCAGCUCAUUGUAUGUCAAAGCUCAUUACUCGUUCAGACGAUACCGAAGCUGUAGUUAAAGAAAGGCUUCGCAUAUACAAUGAAAUGAGUAAGCCUGUGGAGGAAUUCUACCGUAGUCGAGGAAAACUAUUGGAGUUUAACCUUCCCGGAGGGAUCCCAGAAUCUUGGCCAAAAUUGCUGCAAGCUCUUAAUCUCGAUGAUUAUGAGGAGAAGCGGUCCGCUGCAGCAUAAGAAGUUGUAUUAUUGUACCAUAAAAAAUGACUAUUUCAUUCUUUGCAUGCAUAUGUAUAUUGCAUGCUUCACAAUUUUGCAGGAAAGGAAAGAGAACCAUUGUUUGGACCUAAUAAUAUGAUAUCAGGAAGUGUGAUAAUCUGAGAAAACUUCUGCCCUGUUGGGAUUUCUUUCUAUUGUUUUUUCAAUUGGCUAUAUGGCAAAGCAUAAUUGUUAUUGAUCAGCAAUAAGCCUGAAUUAUAGAACUGAUACUUGUUAUUGAGUUGUAACUUAAACUCAUGAUAUAUAAUUAAAACAGGGUCAAGGGAUUUAAUAUUA